AUGGUUGACAUUGUCCCCUUAAGCUCGUACCCGUCGUACAUCGACCUCCUUCCAUCAAUCCAAACCUGCAACAUCACCAAUCUCCCCGAGAACUACUUCCUGAAAUACUACCUGUACCAUGCGCUCACAUGGCCGCAGCUGAGCUUCGUCGCCGUAGUGCGUCCUAAGGGCGGCUACAAGGCUGGAGGUGGAAAGGCCGGCGGUGAUCUGUCAGGCCAGUAUCCUAAGGUUGUGGGAUAUGUGCUUGCAAAGAUGGAGGAAGAGCCUUCGGAUGGCAUGCAGCAUGGUCAUAUUACUAGUUUGAGUGUUAUGCGGACGCAUCGAAGAUUAGGAAUUGCGGAGCGAUUGAUGCGCAUGAGUCAACGAGCAAUGGCUGAAUCUCAUCGCGCCAAUUACGUUUCCCUGCACGUUCGUGUUUCCAACACCGCUGCGCUCCGUCUUUACCGUGAUACUCUGGGCUUCGAGGUUGAGAAGAUCGAGAGCAAGUACUAUGCCGAUGGAGAAGAUGCGUACGCCAUGCGUCUUAACUUGCAGAGUAUGUGGCUGGACUGGAAAGCCAUUGAGGCGCGGGACAAGGAGAAUGAGAAGAAUGAGAAGACCGAUGAGACCCAGGAUGAGGGUGAGGCUGUCGGUGAGCUUGGAAAGAAGGAUGAUAGCAAGGAUCAGGAGCGAAUGGUCAAGGUUAAGGUUGGACGUGGACUCGGUGUUGGUGAUCUCGUUGAGAGAAAUGAGUCGCAGCAAUCAUAA